ACCCGAUCCUCGGACAGUCAAGUACAGAGCCACCAGCGUGCAGUCCGUUCGAGUCUCGUGUGUGAAGACAGCAGUAAGAGCAGCGCAAAGCAAGACAACAGUUAACAGCUCAUCGCCUGAAUGAUGUAUCGUUACGCCGUUCUGCUAGUGGCCCUCGUUGCCAGCGGUAGCCUCACGGAGGCACUGCAGACUCGUGCCUGUACCAACCAACGCCCGCAACCGGCCAGCGUGGAGAUCACCGGAUGUACACAGAUGCCCUGCGAGCUGAUUCGUGGCAGCGAUGUUGCCAUGCGUCUUGAGUGGGAAGCACCAUUUGCCGCCCAAACGCUCCAGCAUCGUGUGGUAGCUACCGCUCUAGGCAUCACUGCACCCUACGAGCUGCCCCCGGACCGUGCCAACGCUUGCAACUGGCUGGAAGGUUCGGCUUGCCCGAUCAGCCAGGGCGAAGACAUCAUCAGCACUCUGAGCAUGCCGGUACUGCCAAUCUACCCACUGGUCAGCCUAGUUAUUGAAGUCAGCAUUCUGGAUGAGCAGGCGCGUACACAGACGUGCUUUGCUAUCGAUGCUCGUGUGGUCUUCCAAAUCCGGCACAACACACACACACACUCCCAACAAGCAACCAUGUUCCGAGCACUUCUUCUGAUUGCCCUUGUGCCGGCCGUAGUGUACGGUAACGUUGGCCGUGCCUGUACCAACGGACGCCCGCAGGCCACCAAUGUGAACAUCCUGGGCUGCACUGCUCCGCCCUGUGAUCUGGUGCGUGGACAGGAUGUGAUCGCUUACAUCGAUUUCACUACCGAUCGUGCCGUUACCAGCAUGACCACUGUUCCGACUGCGACGGCUCUUGGCAUCACCGCUCCCUACCCGCUGCCGGCUGAGUUCGCCGACACCUGCGCCUGGCUCGAGGGCUCCAGCUGCCCGCUGAGCGCCAACGAGGACGUCACCUACCGUCUCACCAUCCCAGUGCUCCCGAUCUACCCGCUGGUUAGUCUGAGCAUCGAGAUCGAUAUUGUGGACCAGGACAGCAACUCUGUGUCUUGCUUCGUUGUUGAUGCCCGUGUUGUUGCCGCUAACUAAUAGAAAUAAAAGCAAAUCCUGAUAUUCUCAA